UUCCAAGAUGGAGGAACAAGAACAAGAAAAACAAGAACAUGUGGAACAUAAACAAGAAAAAUGCUAAGAAAAAUAAUCUGAUAAAAUUAAUACAGAACAUUGAUGAGAUGGACACUGUUUUAAAGGCAAUCCAGGCUGUGGAGACACUUGUUUCUCUUAACACUGAAGAUUCAAAUACUGCUUCAGAACUAGGAGAGCUAAAGAAUGUUGAUUACACUAACACAGAGACUGCUGUAGAAAAGUUUAAGACUACUGAAGAUGAUGUUAAGACUGCAAAGUUUAAGACUACUGAAGAGGAUUUUAAGACUGCAAAGUUUAAGACUACUGAAGAGGAUUUUAAGACUGCAAAGUUUAAGACUAACGAAGAUGAUGUUAAGACUGCUGUAGAAAAGUUUAAGACUACUGAAGAGGAUGUUAAGACUGCAAAGUUUAAGACUAACGAAUGGGAUGUUAAGACUGCUGUAGAAAAGUUGAAGACUGCCGAAGAGGAUGUUAAUUCUAGAAAUAUUUAAUUUUCAUAUAUAUUUGUAUUCUUUUUUGGCAACUAAGAAUUUUUCAAUUAAUUUU